AUAGCAGGACACUAAGGCAACUCCGCUUUCUAACAGCAAGCGUCCAACUGCGUUGUGUCGGGCUGCCUAAAUGCGUUAUAUAAUACCACACAUGAAUGAAAUAGACGGUUUUAUGGCAAACUAAAUUCAUAGGGGUGAAUUAAAAGAAGGGGAAGGCGAUAAGGUGACUACCGCGGUGGUCCACCUUCAUUUGCGACCCGAUUCCGAUUUAGCUUAGCUUAGUUUGAGCUAAUCGACAUUUAACAUCGGUAUAAGCGCCGCCGCUUACGCUAGAAAACAAUUACAGGGAGGGCCCCGGAACAUGUCGCACUGGGUCUGCUGCAACGCCUGCUUUCUUCCGCCCUCGUCCGAGCGCCGAAUGGCCCUCACGUCUUGCGGCCAUGUUGUGUGCAGUGUUUGCUACCACAAAGGUCAACAAAGCAAGUGUUUGAUCUGCAACAACAAAUGUCAAGUGUCGUCUCUUACUGACCAAAGCCGCCCGGAAGUGAAGGCCCUGUUUGCCAACAUCAACAGUGUGGCAAACAAACAUUUGUCAGAGAUCAGAAAAGUUCUAAUGUUCCAGGCCAAACAUGGUAGAAAACUGCAGGCACACUACCAGAAAAGGAAUGAGAAACUGGAGGAGGGCUGGCUCAAGAUGAAGCAGGAAAUGCAGCACAUGGCCAAGAAGCUGAAUGAACAGAGCGACUACAUCGCUAAACUUGAAUAUUCACUUCAAAGUUUAAGGUCGUCAUCGAUGUCCCAUAUGAGCCAGGGCUCCCAAAGCGCGCAUGGACGACAAGUCCUGCAGAUCCCGUUUAGCCCUCCCGUGUCGCUCUCCAGACAUUCCUCAUCCAGCAACAUCGCUGACAACAUGGAGGUGGAUGAACGACUGAGUUUUUUCCAGAAACCUGUCGCUGUCACCAGAUUGUCGCUGAUCAGUCCUCCCCACGACGGACGCAUGGGCACAGUUUCUCACAGGAUGUCCAGCCAAAUGGCCAACCACUCCACACACUCGGCCACAGUCAGUCGCUCCCCGAGAACGCCGACGACGCCCAACGUGUCGUUUGGACACGCGUCUGCUUGGAAUACGCCCAUCUUCCAGCCUUCCCGGUCCUUCCGGGCGCACCCUCCCCCCUAAAAACAGGUGCCCGCACAUCCAACUGCAUGCCUAUGGUUACUUUUUCCACCUUCUUGGACAAAGGGAGCGCUCCUGCACCUGUUCCAUUCACCCAGAUAAACUGGGAUUACAUGAACAAUAAAUGCAGUUUGCUGGCUCUGAUACAUCAAAGGAGGCCUUGUAACUCGUGUGUGUGCGCGUGUGUGUGACCUCAGUCGUACAAGUGAAGUCAAAGAGUAAAAGUGUA